AUGUUUAUGAAGACAUGUCAAAAGGCGAACAUCCGACUGCAUGAGCUGCGAGUGAGUCUCGCUCUCCAUCGGCAUCCGCAACGAGCUCCAACGAGCUCCGAAUUCGUAAGCAGCGACAAGCUCCAGAAGCGAAGCAUGGCACAUGACGAGAGCCGCCGUGUUCUGAUCAUUGGCGCUGGUGCCACUGGCCUGUUAAUCGCCCAAGGACUGAAGAAGGCUGGUAUACCAGUUGAAGUGUUCGAGAAGCAGCCUUUCGACAAGUAUCAGGACAGAGCUGGCGUCUGGGGAAUGGCACUGCAUUGGUCUACUUACAAUGUGGAAGCCUGUCUUCCUCCUGAGAUUUUUGCGCAUCUGAAGAAUGCCCAGACGGAUCCAUUCACCGAAGUCUCUGACCAAUUUUCCAAGACGAUCCCGCUGUACAACGGAAAGACAGGAGACCUGAUCACUCAUGUCGAGGCUGAGGGACCGAGGCGUGUUCACCGUGGUCGACUCAGAGAUCUCCUACGCACCGGCUUGAACGUCCGAUUUGGCAAAGAAUUGCAUGCUUUCUCCGUAGAGAAUAGCACUGUAAUUGCUUCGUUCAAUGGCGGGGAGGAGGUCUGGAAAGGGGCCUACCUAGUCGGAGCUGACGGACCCCGGAGCAAAGUGCGCAGUAGUACCGUCCCUGAAGGGGAGUCUCAACUGGAGCCCGCGCCAAUUGUCGUAUUUAAUUUCGGGGCAACUUUCACCGCGGAUCAGGCCUUACAUGUCCGCAGUCAAAUUCAUCCAGUGGCAACAUUGGCUCCUCAUCCCGAGCAAAAGACCUACUUUUUCAUGACAGUUGGCGACAUCAAGGACCCCGACCAUCCUGAGAUGUGGAUUUUCCAAAUUUCAUUCUCAUACUGGACAGAUGCAGGCUACCCAGCAAGCCAGGAGGAGCGUAUGCGUCUUUUCAAAAAGCUCGGAUCGCACUACUACCGCGCCCAGGGUCUGAACAACGCCCUUGAGGAUGCGGGUCUAUGCGUGCGGACGCUCGUCGACGUCAUUAAUGAAGGGAAAGAUCUUGCCCCAGCUAUAGCAGCGUACGAUGCGGAUGUCUUUGGUCGGGGAAAGUCAGAGAUCAGUCUCUCAAACACCCAGAUAGACCCGCGGGACUGUCUUGUCAAAGCUGUCGAAGGCAAAACUUCGCAGGUUAAAUUCGCCGAUGAGCCCAAGUUCUAUGAGACCGACGUCCGCCCAUACAACCUCAACCUUCCGUACGAGCCCUUCGCGGUCACCUACCCAAAAUCUACAAAGCAAACCGCAGCUAUCGUCCAGUGCGCUGCCUCGUACGGUUACAAGGUGCAAGCCAGGAGUGGUGGUCACGAUUACACAAACAAAGCCCUUGGCGGUGCUAAUGGAGCUAUUGUUAUCGACUUGAUGUAUCUCUCGAGUGUCCAAGUCGAAUCAACGGGACUUGCUCAAGUAGGCCCAGGUAACAAGCUGAAGGACAUCGCCGAGAAGCUGCACGCCGCCAAUGGGAGGUAUAUGCCCCAUGGAUCUUCUCCCACUGUCGGCAUCGGAGGGCACGCUACGGUCGGUGGCCUUGGACUGCAUUCCCGCCUCGAAGGCACAACCCUGGACGCCAUGCAAGAUGCAGAAGUGGUCCUCGCAAACGGAACCAUUGUGCGCACGUCGUCAACCCAACAUCCAGACCUUUUCUGGGCCAUCCGUGGAGCCGGCGCCAGCUUUGGGAUCGUGACCCAGUUCACGUUCAAAACCAAACCGGAACCCAAAGAGGUUCUCAACUUUGGUUUUACCGUAGCGUCGACAAGCCCUGCCAAUUUGUCUGCAUCAUUUAAAGCCUUCCAUCAAAUCACCAAUGACGUUGAUCUCGACCGUCGAUUCUCUGCCGCCGUAGUGGUCUCGAAGGAUCAAAUCCAGAUCGCCGGGGCCUUUUUCGGCCCGGAAUCCGACUUCAACCGCAUCAAUCUAGAGGCGCGCAUUCCUGGUAUCACCAAUGGUACGGUCGUGGCAGGACUGAGUUGGAUGGAGCACAUGAACCGCACUUUUGACAGCAUUUCAUCCAUGUUUCCUGCACAGUCCUACUUUGCGGCGCUGGACACGUGCAUUACCCGCUCGACCCUCCCCAGCAAUACGAGCAUCGACAAUAUGUUUCAGCACAUCCAGACCGCUGAUGCGGGAUCUGACAGGUGGUUUGCCUUGAUCGACCUGUACGGAGGGGCGGUCGGCGACGUGGCCAUCGAUGCAACCUCUCUGCCCCAUCGCGAAGUAUCAUACUUCUUCACGCCAUACGCAAUCACGGAUUCACCCACCAACGAGACGACGCGAAUGUUCAUCGAAAAGGCGGUCCUCGAGAUUCAGGGCAACGAGCCUGAAAGAUAUCUGUCGUACGCCGGCUACACCAGCUUGCCAUCUGGCUUUGUACCACAACAGAAGUAUUGGGGCCCGAACCUCGCGCGUUUGCAGAAGAUCAAGGCGUCCAUUGACCCAAACGACGUAUUCUCGACGCCGUAUGGCGUCAAAGUCGGCUAA